UCGUACCUUCGUAUGGUGUUCCCUUGACACCCUUGAGAACUGCCUCCCAGUGGAGGAGGUCAUCGCUGUCGACGGGGCCGAGGUGCAGGAGCGCUUCGUUUGGAUUAUUGGUGUAGUCUUUCAGUUCGCGGAGGAGGCGUUUGGUGGUGCUGGAUGACGCCAUGAGGGCGAUAUGUGGAAUGUGGAUCGCAGAUUUGUCGCGCUGCGAUGCUUGUUUAUUAUGGGAGUAAUCAGAAUGUGAGAUUUAAUUGAAUAUGCUUUGGCGUUGCUGUUGUCGGCAGAUACUUCGAGGAUUAAAAAGCAAGGGAUUAAACCUCACGGCAAACUUAGUGGUUACUCACCGCGAGAGUUGCGCCGAGGCUUAACACCCGGUCCGUGGGUCUUUCUUCCCCAUGCAAUUCUGCGAUCGUCCGCUCCGCAUGAAUGCGCUUGGCGACCCAGCCUGUCCAACCCCUAAAAAUUCCGUCGAUCCUUGAUUCAUGUGAAUGUCAUAACAUAUGCAAGCUACACAUACAUAAGGAACCUUUGUAUUGAACUAUGCGAACGUCUCGAGCAUCUAAGCAGACUGAGAAAGUCUUGCAGGCGCUCUCGCCCCCUGCGCGCCGGCAAACGCGCAGUUCCAAUCUACGCAGGUUUGCAUAUAACGGGAGCUCUAAUGGCGAUGUUGAACCUAAGGUACCUGCAAGUGAUGAUGAAACAUCAUCUCUCUCGUCUCUCGACACUGUCGAUAUUGAAGAUAUAAUGGAGCCCCCGGCGAAACGGCGGAAACGCAAAGUAGACCCUGCGCCACCGCGGAAAAUCAAUUCUCGAGCUUCAACAAGGGUUCCUGAGAAGACGAUUGAAAAAGCUGCCAAGACUGAGCCUGUAGCACAGAAAACACGCCGCACCCCUGCACGAAGAAUCAAAGAAGAGGAUGGUUCAUUCAAAGUAGAGCCACCCUCUAAUUGGGACACGAUAUACGCCACUGUCAAAAAGAUGCGCGAGGCUAACCCGACUGCGCCGGUGGAUACCAUGGGAUGUGCCGAGCUGUACUGGCGAGCAUCAUCUCCCCGAGACCGACGGUUUCAGACUCUCGUUGCGCUGAUGCUGUCUUCCCAAACGAAGGACACCGUCACGGCCGUGGCGAUGCAGCGAUUGCACACUGAACUUGGGGAUGGCAAAGCUCCUCUGAUAGAUACUGGUGUAAUCAAAGAAGAGCCAGACGAGGACACGUUCAAGUUGGAAAGGCCUCUCAGAGACAGUACUUUGAAUCUUGAGAAUAUUUUGGCUGUUUCCCCCGAGCAGCUGAACGAAUUGAUCGGUAAAGUGGGCUUCCAUAACAACAAGACCAAGUAUAUCAAGGCCGCAGCUGUCAUUCUUCGUGAUCAGUACCAAGGAGAUAUUCCAUCCACUGCCGAAGAGCUGAUGAAGCUCCCCGGAGUAGGCCCGAAGAUGGCAUAUCUCUGUAUGAGCGCUGCUUGGGGAAAGCAUGAGGGUAUUGGGGUUGACGUCCACGUCCAUCGUAUCACGAACCUCUGGGGCUGGAACAAGACGAAAACACCUGAGGAGACCCGCAAGGCGCUGGAAUCAUGGCUGCCAAAGGAUAAAUGGCAUGAAAUCAACAAGCUGCUUGUCGGGCUUGGACAGACGGUCUGCUUACCAGUAGGCAGGAAAUGCGGGGAUUGUGACCUCGCGGGGAUGAAACUAUGCAAAAGCGAGAUCAGAGGCCUUGUAUCUAGCAGGAAGGUCAGUGCUAAGGAGGAGAGUGUCGAAGGCGGAGUGGAAGUAAAAAUUGAGGGGGAGUGAGUAGAGUGCCCCAGGCACGAGGUUCUGGCUUUAACUUGAUUUCCCAGCUGGGAACCACCGACAUCAAUUGACUUUUAUUACAUGCACAAAUACUUCUCGUCUAAUCUCGUCUACUCCUCCUCAUUCUCCCAGUAGUCAACCUUGCUACUAUUCCUACC